AUGGCAGCUACAAUCCGAGUCAUCGGCUCCCUAAACGCCGACAUGGUCUCCGUAACCCCUCGCUUCCCCGAACCAGGCGAGACAAUCACCGCAUCCUCAUAUUUCACCAGCGCCGGCGGAAAAGGCGCCAACCAGGCCGUCGCGUGCGGGCGAUUGUCGCGGCGGAAACCGUCCUCGACCUCCAACAAGACCGAAAGCCAGAGUGAGAGCGACAUCAAAGUCGAGAUGGUCGGGGCCGUGGGCGCCCUGGACGGGCACUUCCAGGCGCUGCUGAAACCCACGCUUGAGAAGUCGGGCGUUGACACGUCCCGCGUGCGGGUGGUGGAGGAUGCGUAUACGGGGGUGGCGGUGAUCAUCGUGGACUCGUCGGCGGGCGGGGAGAACCGGAUUCUGUUCUCGCCGGGGGCGAAUUACACGGGAAUGCGGGCGACGGAGGACGUGCUGGGGAUGGGGCUUGCGGCGCCGGUGCCGGAUGUGAUUGUCUUGCAGGGGGAGAUCCCCGUUGAGACGGUGGUGGGCAUUCUGCGGGAUAUUAGGGCCUGGAAGGCGAAUCAUCGAGCGCAGGGGAAGAAGGGGAUCGAGGCUGGUCCGGAUGUCAUGUAUAACCCUGCGCCGGCGCCGCCGGGUGGAUUGCCUGAGGAAGUGUACUCUGCCGUCGACCAUAUUAUUAUGAACGAGACGGAGGCUGAGCUGAUGAGUCCGUCUGAGGAGCACUUGCUCAAGGUUGUUCCCGGUGUGGAGAAGGAAAGCGGAAACGAGAAGGUGGCGCGGUACUUCCACCAGCUGGGCGUGACGUAUGUGCUCAUCACGCUGGGGUCCAAGGGUGUUUGGUAUAGUGCGACGGAUGCGGGGACCUCUGGCCCUGCGGAUGGGGUCAAUCGAUUUACGAAGCAAAUUCCGGCCGCGAAGGUCAGCAAUGUGCUGGAUACCACGGCGGCCGGAGAUACUUUUGUUGGUGCAUAUGCCGUGGAAGUGGCGCGCUGGCGCGAGUCACGACGAGCGGAUGGCAAAGCCGGACAAGACGUGGCUGCAGAGGAGAAGGCAUAUCGGUAUCAAGAGGUCAUGGACAAGGCGAUGAGUUUGGCGACCCGCGCCGCAGCACGGUGCGUAGAGCGACAGGGAGCGAUGGACAGCAUUCCUUGGGCGGAUGAGAUAUGA